AGACUCGCCGAGCUUCCGCUGACGGUAGCGGCGCGGGAGCAGCGAGGGCCAGCAGCUGGAGCCACCGCGGCGCGCGCCCCCCUGUCCGCCUCCGCAGCCCAGGACUGGACGCCGAUAAGAGGCCCCGGACCCCUGCGCCGCCGCCUCGGUAGCGCUGUCCGAGGCCCGCAGCCGAGUGCAGGCCCUGGCUGAACCCGGGGAAAGCAUCCUGCAGCGCGGUGGGACCUGACAGUCAUUUUCUCCCCACGGAGAAUUUUUAAAACGAGCAGGUUACUAGAGGAAAAAAAUGGCCACUGGUCGUUCACCGUGUUUCUACAUAGAAGAACUUAAUAAAUACCAACAAAAGAAUGGUGUAGAAGUUAAGUAUUGUGAACUGGCUAAGACAGGACCUCCACAUAAUUAUAGGUUUACAUAUCAAGUUAUAAUAGAUGGUAAAGAAUUUCCAAAGGCUGAAGGUAGAUCAAAGAAGGAAGCCAAAAACGCUGCAGCGAAAUUAGCUUUUGAGAUGAUUAAUAAGUCGGUUACUUUUUCAUCUCCGCUGACAACAAAUACUCCAGAAGGACCACCCAUUGAAAAUUACAUAGGCCGUCUUAAUACGAUCUCCCAGAAGAAAAACCUAUGUGUAACUUAUGAAGAAUGUAAAUCAAAGGGUGAUGGGCACGAAGGGUUUCGUUAUAAAUGCAAAAUUGGACAAAAAGAAUAUGGUAUUGGUGUAGGUUUCACUAAACAGGAGGCAAAACAGUUGGCUGCCAAACUGGCUUAUGAAAAGAUAGAAUCAGAAACAAUGAGAGCUGACCGAUCCUCUGAUUGUUUCAAUGCUGUGUCUGGUGAAGUCGAAAGAAACUCUCAAGCAAUGAGUACAUCUAGCUCUGAAUCACCAUCUGAAAACGGCUUCUCAAAAAGUGCCUCAGAAAGAAGUGAUAACAGUGACACAAACAGCUCUUUCCUGACUCCAGGGGACAGUUUCAGAAAUAAUGCCAGGAAGGUGAAGAGAAGUUUGGCGCCUAAUUUUUACUCUCCUAUGAGGACAGAAGAAAACAGUUACAGUGCGGACCCCAGGUUGGUCAAGGAUUUCACAGAAGUAACACCAAUUGGCUCAGGUGGAUUUGGUCAAGUUUUCAAAGCCAAGCACAGAAUUGAUAUGAAGACUUACGUUAUUAAAUGUGUUAAAUAUAAUAGUGCGAAGGUAGAGCGUGAAGUGAAAGCUUUGGCAACACUUAAUCAUCCAAACAUUGUUCACUACUACAGUUGUUGGGAUGGGCUUGAUUAUGAUCCUGAGAAAAGCAUCAAUUUUUCAAGAACAUACAGUGAAUGCUAUCCCAGACCAAAGACUAGGUGCCUUUUCAUCCAAAUGGAAUAUUGUGAUAAAGGUACGUUGGAGCAAUGGAUUGACAAAAGAAGAGGCAAGGAACCGGACAAAGAUUUGGCUUUGGAGUUCUUUCAACAAAUAGUAACAGGAGUGCAUUAUAUACAUUCAAAAGACUUAAUUCAUAGAGACCUUAAGCCAGGUAACAUAUUUUUAGUAACUAUGAACCAAAUCAAGAUUGGAGACUUUGGACUUGUUACGUACCUGAAAAAUGAUGAAAUGCGGACAAGUAAAAAGGGAACUUGGCGAUACAUGAGCCCAGAACAGCUUUCUUCUGUGAAAGACUAUGGAAAUGAAGUGGACAUCUAUGCUUUGGGGCUGAUUCUUGCAGAACUUAUUCAUAUAUGUCCCACUUCUUUAGAAACAUCGAAGUUAUUUGAAGAUCUGAGGAGUGGCAACUUAGAUGUAUUUGACGGCAAAGAAAAAGAUCUUCUAAAGAAAUUACUCUCAGAGGACCCCAAGAAACGACCUACCACAUCUGAGAUACUGAAGACUUUGAAGGUGUGGAAUAAUGUUACAGAAAGAAGGAAACUAAAUACGUAUUAGAUACUUAAAAAGUAUCCUGCUUCUGAUAAUUCCAUUUUCCUAUAACUGUCUAAAAUCUGCUUGGGAAUAUUGAUGGUAUUUAUCUUCUAUUUUCAUUUUUUCUCUUAAUUUUUUUUGGCCACAUUUGCAGAAAGGCUUACAUUUUUUCUUACUUCAGAAACAUUCUUACAUUUGACUUUCCCAUGGAUCAUCUUCUUAUUACGAAAAUAUCAAAAGAAUCCCUCAAAUUUUCUUUUUAAUACCAAUCAGUGAAUCAGUUAAUUAAUGAGUAUUUAUUAAAUGCCUAAUGUUUCUAGGCAAAAAUAAUAUCAGAUCUGUCUCUGUCUUAAAUAGCUAACAAUCUAGUUGGAGAAUCUGGUGACCGUGAAAAGAUAAGUAUAAUCACUUCUGAAAGCAAUUUUGUAUCAUCUAGCAAAUGUAAAUGUAUACAUCCUAUCCUGAAAAGCUACAUACACACCCACAAGAAUGUUCAUAGAAACCCUGCUCAUAAUAGCCAAAAGAAUAGGGAACAAUGCUAAUGUGCGCCAGAAGAAGAAAGGAUACACAAGAUGUGUUAUAUUCAUACACUAGAAUACUGCAUGUAUAGCAUGAAAAUGAAGGGAUUUCAGCUGAACACACUGACGUGCCAAAUCUCUCAGGAACAUAUGUUAAGGAAACAAAGCAGAUUGCGGGAACCAUACACAGAAUGAUUCCAUGAAUAUAAAAUUCAAAGAACAUGCUCAGCGGAAUAAGUGUGAAAUGAGUGUGUUUAGGUAUCCAAACGAAUGUGGUAAACAAUACAGGGAAGGAAAGGAGUGAGAACGAUUAUUAGAUUCUGAUAGUGAUUUUCUCUGAGGAGGGACAGGAGAGAUUUCAGAGUUAACAGUUAAUUUUUUUUUUUUUAACCCUGCAUGUUGAGUCCACUAGUGUUUACUGCAUAAAUAUUUUACUUCUCUUAAAUACGUUUUGUACACGUUAUAACAGACACUUUAAAGAGAUGGUAGUUGUGCUGUAAGACAAUAGCUGAGCACAGAAAACAGUCAGUCUGGAGGGGUGAGAUCAUAUUCCGAGGAACCAUGGCACAGGCUUAGAAGUGACAUUCCAGGGAGACCUCCAAGUCUGUGAAGGACUGAGAUGAAUAGAGAGCAGACCAUGUGAGAAGUCUGGACAAAGGGCCUGGUAUGCAUCCUGGGAAAGAUAGAUUUGAGAGAUUGGGUAUGCUAGUUUGGUUCUGUGAAUUGCUGUUGGGAAUGUGCUUAGCUACUCCGUUGUAUCCAUCUCUUUGUGACCCCAUGGACUGUAGCCCGCCAGGCUCCUCUGUCUGUGGAAUCUUCUAGGCCAGAAUACUGGAGUGGGUUGCCAUUUCCUCUCUCCAGGGGAUCAUCCUGACCCCGGGAUCGCACCCGCGUCUCUUGCAUCUCCUGCCUUGGCAGGCAGAUUAUUUACCGCAUAGCCACCUGGGCCAGAAUAUAAUUGAGGCUGCAUCUUGGAAGAACUUGAGGGUUACUUUAAGCUUUGUAGUAACCAACUGCCUUCCCAGGUGGUGCAGUGUAAAGAAAAAAACAAGAAAGUAGAGGAACUCUUCUAAAUACAGAGACUAGAGAUACCAUGACCAAAUGCAAUGCUCGAAUCUUGAUUGUAUCCUGGUAUAUACAUAAAAAAAAAAACCAAACAGGAAAUAGCUAUAAAAGAUGUUUUUGAGAUAAUUGAGAACAUUUGAAUACAGACUGCAUAUUAAAUGAAUUUAUAGAAUAAUUGUUAAUUUUCUUAGUUGUGAUAAUGAUAUUGAUAAUGAUAAUGAUAUUGUCAUACCGGAAGAUGUCUGUCUUAUUCUUAGGCAGUGCAUACAGAAAAGUUUAGGGGUGAAGUGGCUUGACAUUUGCAGCUUACUAUUACUCAGCAAAAAUCAAGGUGAACAUUAAUAUGUGUGUGUAUGUGUACACUUAGUCAUUCAGUAGUGUCCGACUCUUUGUGACCCUGUGGGCUGUAGCCCGCCAGGCUCCUCAGUCCAUGGGAUUCUCCAGGCAGGAAUACUGGAGUGGGUUGCCAUUUCCUCCUCCAGGGAAUCUUCUCUAUCCAAGGGACCAAACCUGCGUCUCCUGUGUCUCCUGCAUUGCAGGCAGAUUCUUUACCUGCUGAGCCAUUGGAGAAACACCUAAGUGUGUGUGUGUGUGUGUGUGUGUGUGUGUAUAGAGAGAGAGACAGACAGAGAGAGGGAAGUGUGGCAAAGUGUUAACACAAUGAUAAAUCUAGGUGGAGGAUAUACAGUAUUUCUUGUGCUAUUCCUAGAGCUUUUCUGCAGCUUUGAAAUUUUUCUAGGGGGAGAGAAAUCUUUUUUAAAAGAAUUAGUAUUAUCUGGAUUUGAUGAAUAAAGACAAACUCAAAAGAAAAGCCAGUGAACGUGGCAGAUUAGUGUGAACAUGGCUUUAUUUUUACCUUCUCUUAUUUUUUAAAUUCAGGUAUAAUUGAUUUGCAAUUUUAUAUUAGUUUCACGUGUAUAGCACAGUGAUUCGGUUCUUUUAUAUAUCCUUCUCUCACUCAAAUAUUUCUCGACUACUGUGAAGUAAAUACAGAGUCCCUUAAAGGUUUAUUUUAGUAUGUAUUUUCUCAGCCUCAAACUAUCUAGUAAAUAAAAAGUAACUAGUAAAUAAAAAGUAUCCUUUUAGUCAGAGGAGAAGAGGGGCAAAGACCAGGGACCUUAUUUGCUAAUUAAAACACAUAUGUGCAGAGAUUUUCAAGAGCCGUUUUAACCUAAUUGCCUCACUAGAAACAGAACUUCUAGGAAAUUUUUAUUACAAAGAACACAUAUUUCCUAUUAAAUUCGCACAAAUUUAACAUAAAUAUAUAUAUAUGUAUCAUACUCAGCACAUGUUAUUUUUGUUAGUGGUAUUUAGUAUAAAUACACACAUAUACACAUAUGUGUGAGUGUAUGUGUGUCUGUGUGUAUGGCCAGCUAUAUAAUAUGGGGGAUCCAAAGCAAAAUGAAAAUGUGAGGCCCUUAUUCAAAAAUUAACAUGGGGGCCUUAUGCAGCCACACAGACUGCAUGUCAGUGAAAUCAGACUUGUAUGUAUAUACACAUGUGUAUACACACGUAUACAUAUUGCACAUGUAUGUCUGAAAUGGUUAGAAAUCUACAAACAGGCUUUUCCAAGACUGUUAUCCAGUAUACCAACUUGAGAGAAAAACGCACAACAUCUAUUUCACACUUGAGUGUUGAGCAUAGAUUGAGGUUUUGGCAUGUUACUUUUUUGUUAUGAAUAUGGAAUAAUUUAAAUAUUAUCCAUAUUUAUUUUUAUAAGUUUUUAUGUUAAAACAUAAAAGCAGAGACUAGAAUAAUGAAACCCUAUGUACCCAGCUUCAACAACUAUCAGUAUUCUGCUUUUCUUGUUCUAUUUAUCCCUUUCUUUUGCUGGAGAAUUUUAAAGUAAAUCUCAGGUAUUGUAUCAUUUUGCUUGUAAACACUUAAAGAUGUAUUUUAAAAACUUUUUUCUUCGUUUUUUUGGCUGCGCUGGGUCUUUGCUGCCUGCAGGCUUUCUUUCUUUCUUUUUUUUUUUGCCUGCAGGCUUUCUCUGGUUGUGGUGAGCGCAGGGCUAAUCUGUGGUUGUGUGAUGUGGGCUUCUCACUGCUGUGGCUUCUCUUUUUGUGGAACUUGGUCUCUAGAGCACGUGGGCUUCAGUAGUUGUGCGUGGGCUGAGUUGACCCACAGCAUGUGAAUCUUGGACCAGAGAUUGAGUCUGUUUCCCCCCUGUAUUGGCAGGCAGAUUCUUAACCACUGCACUACCAGGGAAGUCCUAAAGAUGUAUUUCCAACAUAAAAGAUGUUUUAAAUUUUAACCAAACCUCAAUAUCACUGUUGCUGAACAAAAUUAGUAAGAUUUCUUUCAUAAUCAGACUGUCUGGAGUUUUCCUAUCUAGAAAUAUUUUUCGGCAGGUUUUUAAAAAUCAGGAUCCAACACUGCAUUUAGUUGGUAAAUAAAUUUUUACCAACUUUAUAACAUUACCCUGCUUUUUGUUUCUUUCCUCUUGCCUUUUAUUUGAGGAAGGAACUAGGUCAUACAUCCUAUAGAACUUCCUUCAUUUAGGAUUUGGCUGAUGGUAUCCCCAUGGUGUUUAGUUAGAUCUAGAAAAUUGAUUUGAUUAUGGUCUGAAAAUUUUUUCCAAGAAUACUCCCUAGAUGAUGCUGUAGUAUGCGUGUGUGUGUGUGUGUGUGUGUGUGUGUGUGUGUGUAUAGAGAAAGGAGUCAUCCUUAUUUCUAUGUGAAAAUCAACAUACAAUGUAUUUUACACAUUGCAUUAGGGUAUGAUGCUGUAUAUUUUGCAUCACUCCAGGAGGAGCAUGAUGUCUGACUGUUCCACUUUUGGUGAUUUUAAGUUUGAUCGGUAGUUUGUGGUGGUGUCUGGGUUGGGAAGAUCCCCCUGGAGAAGGGAAAGGCUACCCACUGCAGUAUUCUGGCCUGGAGAACUCCGUGGACUGUAUAGUCCAUGGAGUUGCAGAGAGAUGGACACGACUGAGCGACUUUCACUUGUAGUGCUGCCAUCCACUACCGUCAAUUCUCCUUAUCGGUCUUUCAUCUAACAGUGUUAGCAGCCAUUGAUGACUACUGCCUGGAUCCAUUAUUUCAUCAGGGGUUGCAAAACUGAUUUUCAGAUUCUAUCAAACCUCUUGCAUUUAUUAUCUGUGAUUCUUCUUGAAAGAAGAAUUUUCUCUAAAGCUGAAUGGGUUGUUGUUGUUUAAUCGCUAAGUCAGGUCUGAUUCUUUUGCGAUCCCAUGGAUUGUAUCCCGCCAGGCUCCUCUGUCUGUGGGAUUUUCCAGGAAGGAAUACUGGAGUUGGUUGCCAUUUCCUUCUCCAGGGGCUCUUCCCAACACUGGGAUUGAACCAGUGUCUCCUGCAUUGGCAGACAGAUUCUUUACCACUGAGCCACCAGGGAAGCCCAAAAACUGAAUGGAAAAGAUGGGAUUAAUAUUUAUUAAUUUUUAGAAUGAGAUGGCACCCCAGCAACCUCCAAAGGUGACAAAGAGGUUUUUUGGCUUUUUAUUUUUUUUUUUUAGGCAGGGGUUUGAUCCAACCUAUACUUUGAAACUGUGUUUAGACUAGGUUGGAGCAGGCAAAGACUAUUGAAAGUUCAGAAGUCCGAGAGGCUAAGCGGACCCAAGCAAUUGGAGGGGACAGAACCAACAGAUGCUGGCAUCUAAUCUGAUGUGAGGAUUUAGGGAUGUGAGGAUUUGGGGAUGUGAGGAUUUAGGUAAUCAGUGAUUACCUCCAGGUUGCUCUGAUGGUGAGCACCAGAAGUAUGAUGCUGUUAAAGAAGGUCCAAGUCUCAAUCAAAUUAACCCCUUCAAUGAGCCACACACAACUGAGAGAUAUUUUGUCUCACACUGUUCUCUAUUACACAGUUUUUAGUUAGAAUUUAAGCAAUAGUGGAGCUGGUUCAUGUGUCACCAUGGUGAGGUGCGGCACAUUGAGGAGGUAAAACGCCGGAUCUCGUCUCGUUUGGAGAUGUCGAGUUUGAGGUGCUGCUGUAAUAUUCACGAGUGAAUGUAGAGCAGAUCUGGGAAAUGCAGGGGAGGAACCUGAAGGAUGAGCUGGAAUCAUACACAAGAGAGAUGUGGGUCUUAUCUGGACGUAAGCCCUGGUGCUUAACUUUGAAUCCAAGAGCUUGCCGAGGGAGCAUACAUAGAGGAAAGGGCUCAGAAACAAAAGUAUGCUGGACAUCUCCAUGUAGAUAUUUACCCUUUAUAUCUAAAUGUCAGUCCACUCCCUAACGUCUGUGAUUUUACGUCUGUGACAGAUACAGGGACAAUGGUUGUCAGGUAUACAGAGGCCCCACUCCUGGCUUAUACUAAAUGCAGGAGAACCCAGGUCUCCCUCAUUACAGGUGGAUUCUUUACCAUCUGAGCCACCAGGGAAGCCCAUUACCGGCUUAUAGUAGGACUAAAAUCCAUGUAAUGGGUAAAACUCUUGAAGCAAAUCAGAUAUCUCUCAAAUAUGUGUGGCUCUUCAGGGGUCAAUAUGAUUGAGACCUGUGUUAGUUUCCUAGACCUGCUGUAACCAAAUGACCACAAAAUUGGCGGCUGAAAACAACACAUAUUUAUUUCACUGGGCUCAAGUCAAAGUGUUGGCAGGGCUGUGUUCCUCUGGGGGCUCCCGUUUUGCACCCCAUGUUCAGCGUUACCUGAUCAAGUGCCGGCCACACAGGUCUGCUCAGGGUCACCUAAACAGGCUUUUGUGCUCAAUGGCUUCCAGCUAUGGUUUCUACCUAAAAUUCCCUUCAAUCUUUUUUUUUUUUUUUUGUAAAAUAACAGCUUUAUU